UACUCCCUGUAUUGACGUCAGAAGUCUGAGGGAGAAAGACACUUGCCCUGCCGCUCUGUAAACAGGAGAGGCAGGCUUGCCUGAUAAGAUUACACCAGCGACGGAGGAGGAGGUAUAUUUGAAGACCUCACUUUUAAUACAAAACAUACCAUCGGAGAUGAGCAGCCUUUUGAAAGGGUUAAAUGGAGCGACUAUAGGGUACCGGUGCCUUCCGUGGCACAAUAGUAUCGCGCGGUCUGGGAUAGGCUAUGGAAUUACUUUUAUGUCGGAAGGGAGACGACAAAUACUGUACCUUGUUGGAUUGACAGCACUGUUGGGCAGGUAGCCUAAACCAGUUGCAUAUCUGGGCUACAUUCAGUUGAACACGUUUAGACAUGUGCGGUUGCGAACACCGUUGUCUGUGGCCACUGGCCAGUCUGUCAUUUCCGCGACGGUUCAGUAAAGCAGUUUCUAAUGUAGCCCAGCCUACAGUUUUUGUAAGGAAGUAGCACAUAUGAUUCGUUUUCAGCAAACUACACGAAUACUGGAGACUGAUCACUUUCCAGGCUCCCUGGCUGUCCGUCAUGAAGAAGCGAGCCAAUAAGGCGUUGGAGCAGGAUGAGCCUCUGUGCUGCUGUGAGUAUGUGGACCGUCAGGGGGAGCGGAGCCAUGUGGCAGCCUGCUGCUGUGACUGUGAGGACCUGGACGAUGCCUGUGACAGAUGGUUGAAAAAAGAGCCCCAGAAGGCCAACUCACUGUCCCAUCUGGUUACUGUGAUGACCGACCGCCUCCGUGUUCCCUGGUUCUGGGGUGGAGCCCGGCGUGUCGACCUAUCGGUGCUCCCCCCGCUGCUCCUACUUCCUGUCCUCCUACACGUCGCAGCCCUUCACUUCCUGUUGGGUAUAGUUGUUCUGACUGCUCUACCGGUCCUGGUUCUAUGGUACUACUAUGUCACCCACCGCAAGAAGGGCCGGACCCUGUUCUUCCUCAGCCUGGCCCUGUUCUCCCUGGGCUACAUGUACUACCUCUUCCUCACCGAGAUCUUCCCCAGGGGGGGUGUAGGUCUGACCCAGUUGGGUACAGUGACCUUGGGGGUGGCCCUGACUCUGGCCGCCCUUGUCCACACCAAGAGAGAACCUCGCUGCGUAUGGCCACACCCGGCUUACGUCCACAGCACAGUGACCUAUCACAGCCCUCCACUGGACAGAGACCCCAGCCCCAACGGGGUCGGGCAGGAAGUAAUGCUUGCCAAUCGGGGUAGUGGGUCGGAGCAGCAGGGCCAGGGGGUGGAGCAGAUGGAUGGUGGGCAGAGCAGGAACUGGUGCUCUGUGUGCAGGGUUUUGCGGCCCCCCAGGGCGGGACACUGCAGGAUCUGUGACAUCUGUGUCCUGAGGCUGGACCACCACUGUGUCUGGAUAAACAGCUGUGUGGGCCAGUCCAAUCACCGCAGCUUCCUGUUGACACUCCUCCUCUUCCUGUUGACCUCUCUGUAUGGGAUCAGUCUGGUGCUGCGCAGCGUGUGUCCUCAACAGAACCUUGUCACCGCUCUGGUCUACUGCCCUGGCGUCUACAACCAGCACAGCUCAGCGCUGUGUUUCACCUGUGCGUGGUAUAGCUGCAUAGUGACUAGUGGACUACUACACCUGCUGGUCCUGCAGCUCAUCAAUGUCAGCUACAAUGUGACGGAGCGAGAGGCGCGCACCGCUCUCCGAGACAAGACUGCCCACAGUCUCUACUGGGGCCUUGUCGUUGACACAGGAGUCUACUCACAUGGUUUUCGUGGCAACUGGGCAGAGUUCCUGACCAUGGGAGAAGGCCCGGACACCCCCUGGCCCAGCCUCACUGACCUGGUGUAGCUGACCAUUGGAGAAGGCCCGGACACCCCCUGGCCCAGCCUCACUGACCUGGGGUGCGUUCAACAAGGAAAAUAGUUUGCGAACAUUGGCUAAUGUUAGCUAACAUAUUCCAUUUGUUUUGUGUUAGCCACGACCAUUCGCUAACGUUAGCUAACAGUCAGAAGGUAGUGUCGGUUUCAGGUCUUAACUGCCGCUACAAAAUCAAGUGGCCAUGUAGACUAAGUCAUUUUCAGUUUGAAUACUGUCGCUAAAAAGCCAGUAAUCAUUACAAAAAGUUUCACUGUAACAUUUUGGAAUAUUUAUUCAACUCAAAUUGUUACUCUGGCAACAUGUUCACCGCAAACAGAAGCUUUGUUGAACUCUCCUCUGGUGUAGCUGAGCUGCUCAACAGCAUAAUGGCAUCGUUACAUGCUGACCAGACCGCUCGUACGCAUGUUGAUUUUGUCCACCCACACCAGAUGCGAUCAGGACACGGAGGUUGAAAUAUCAAGUAAUCGCUCCUCCAGUUUUGAACUCUGGACUUUAUAUGGUGGUUGGCAAACAACUUCAAGGUGUGUUACCACGACCGCUGAAUCUCAGUUCAUCUUUCAAUCACCCAGUGGGUAUAUGCUCCUAAAAACUAAUGUUCUAUUUUAGCGCCUGGCUACGCGUACGCUUGUGAGCAGUGUGGGUGCGAUGAUUGAAUAACAUGUAUGUGUACAUAGAUUUUGCGACGCGAGCGGUGUGGUCAGCAUGUUAGAAGUCAUUGAUCAAUUGGACGAUCCAGGUAGAAGUUGCCUACAGAUCUAGUCAUCUCUUACCCUCAUACAAUCUGACUUUAACCGUUAGGGGGAAGUACAUAAAACUGAGCGUAGAUCAGUCUGGGUGGGGGCAACUUCACCCUACUCUGUGAUAGAGGCGUCACUACAGACCCUGGUUCGAUCCCGGACUGUAUCACAACCGGCCAUGAUCGAGAGUCCCAUAGGGCGGCGCACAAUUGGCCCACCGUUGUAAAUAAGAAUUUGUUCUUAACUGACUUGCCUGGUUAAAUAAAUGAAAAUAAAUAUAGACAAGAGUUGGAGGAUGUGGCUGCUGUACUAUCUUUCACCACCAGAUGGCAGCAUAUCUCCACACCUCAGACUGUAAAGACAUCUCCCUCUCUCCUGUUAAUCAGUCUUCUACCUUGUCUGUCUGUAUGUCCCCUCCCUAUCUAUUAUGUCUUUCUGUUCUCCCCAGUCAGUCUUUCUGUCCUCUCCUUCCCUAUUCUGUCUGGGACUGGGAGGGAGGCCGAGCCAGUCUGAAAUCACAAGCCUUUGUUAAGGUGUCACAGUGAUCGGUUCUGUUGUGAAGUAGCGCCCCCCACAAUACCGUCCCUGAGCUGAACCAUAGGCUACAAUAACACACAACCACUUCUGUUAACUUUACUGACUGACAGCCUCAAUCAAAUCUCACCAUCUCUACCCCUCUCUCUCUCUCCCUGACCUUUUCUCCCAUUCUAGUGCUGCAAUUGCUCCGUGCACCUUUCAUCCAUCUAUCUCUCCAUCGAUCUGUCUCACGCUCCCUCUCUCUCUUCAUUUUCCUCGCGCAAUCUCUUUCCAGGGUCCUUCUACCAUUCUCUUGCUCUCUCCCUCCUCAGUUGAAGUGCCUUUGAUGGGAGAGGUGACCAAACCACAUGACCAAAAUAAAAUGAAGCCCUAGACGUUCCUUUCAACACUGAUUAACACUCCUCAAGAAAGGAACAGCUGUUGUCACUAUAUGUUAUUUUUAUGUACAACAGUUCCUGUGAGCUUCAGAAGGAAACAUAGGUUAUGGGUAUUUAUCAAACCGCAUCGUGUUGAUACAUCUCUUGUGAAGAUGAAGUGUUGUUGCAUUAAACAUCACAUUUACAUUUUAGUCAUUUGCUUACAGAAGCAAUUAGGAUAAAGUGCCUUGCUCAAGGGAACAUUGAUUUUUCACCUAGUCAGCACAGGGAUUCAAACCAGCAACCUUUCAGUUACUGGCCCAAAGCCCUUUUACAUGUUCUGGCUGAAAGCACCAUGCUCUACCAACUGAGCUACACAGGACUUAAGAGAAUAAAACAACAAAAGCACAGAGUUGUGGGAGAACAACUUCGACAGACUACCCACAGUGAGAAUCGUUUAUGGUGAUAUAUGAAACACAUAAUGCUUUUUAUUUUGUAUGGCUUCAAGCUCUUGUCAAACUGCAUCAAACUGUGACUUCAAAAAUAUUAAAUAACCUGAAUUUUAA